UCCACGCACGCUUCCCUGCCACAGGGAACUCUGGCUCUAUGGCUGCUGAGAUCUCAGCUGCGAAAUUUGGGAAAUGUCAGUGUGAGACACAUCGUGCUAACAGCAUCCUGUACCAGAUCCUUAACAGAGAGCAUGGAAGCGAGACCAAGUGGCACCAGCAGUAUCAUGGUCCCCACCACUCCACACGAAGCAAGGGCUGCUCUUGUAUGGACAGGAGAAGAGUUGUCCUGAAAACGCCAGAAGCCACGUGCAGAAGGGCUUCUGAAGUGCUCUUGAAGACUUUAACUUUUAUUAGAAACUUGCCUUCUUUUUAUCACGUGCCUUGGGAGGAUCAGCUUGUCCUCAUACAGCAGAACUGGGCCCCUCUUUUUGUCCUGGGCAUGGCACAGGAAGGGGUGGAUUUUGACCUGAAAGAGAUUUCAGCCCCUAGUUUAUUGAAAAAAAUCCUCCUCAAUCAGUCUUUGACAGCUAACAACGAUCUGGGCAGCUCAUCACUGCAAGCGUCUUCAGCAGAAGUUCAGAAGAUGAAGAAUUUAUUGUGGAAGUUCUGGGAUCUGGACAUAAGUGCAAAAGAAUAUGCCUAUCUUAAAGGAAUUAUUCUUUUUAAUUCUGGAUGCCACGUCCUAAAGUGUCUCCCCUAUGUACAAACGCUGCAACAGGAAGCUCAGCAAGCCUUGAUGGAGUAUAUCUCAACAAUGUUCCAUAGAAAUCUAGGCAGGUUUGCUUGGAUUCUUCAGCUAAUUGCCUCUCUUCAAGACAUUGAUGCAGACGCUAUUGAAGAGCUCUUCUUCAGGCCCAUCCUAGGAGAGGUGACCCUAAAUGUAUUCCUUCUAGAAACCCUAUAUAUCAAGCCUGACUGGGUUUGAAAACUGAUUACACCUGUGCUCUCAAAUACAUGUGUUUGAAGAGAUGAGAGGAUUUUAUGAGCUAAACACAUUUCAAACAAAUCAUUGAUGCAACUUUGUAAGCCACAUACAUUUUUGAAUGACAAAGUAAUUUUGUAACAUUUGAGAAU